CAACAACACUCUCCUACCCACCUCCCACGACGAGACACACGCGUUACCAUAUCGACCUGAACAUUAACCUCGACGUACUCACUUAAGCUUUCCGGUGACCAAAGAGAUUGAUCGACAAAAUGGGCGACAUCCUUGUUGAUAGCCCGGCAAAUCAAGUCCCUCCUCAUAAGCGGGUUGCGACAUCAACAAUUCCCAACAUCGAGAACUUCGAGGGUAUUUCGACAGAGGGUGGUGACGACUAUGCGACGCUAAAGAAGCUUCAGAGACAACUGGAGUAUAUUCAUCUGCAGGAGGAGUAUAUCAAGGAUGAGCAGAGGAGUCUCAAAAGAGAACUCGUGCGAGCUCAAGAGGAAAUCAAACGUAUCCAGAGUGUACCGCUCGUCAUCGGCCAAUUCAUGGAAGCAAUCGAUCAAAAUACCGGCAUCGUUCAAUCCUCUACAGGCAGCAACUACGUCGUCCGUAUUUUGUCGACACUAGACCGCGAACUUCUCAAGCCUUCUUCCUCCGUCGCUCUUCACCGUCACUCCAAUGCGCUCGUCGACAUUCUCCCCCCGGAAGCGGACUCGUCCAUUGCUAUGCUAGGCGCUGAUGAGAAGCCCGACGUGACCUACGCCGACGUUGGUGGACUCGACAUGCAAAAGCAGGAGAUUCGUGAAGCCGUCGAGCUGCCGCUCACACACUUCGACCUCUACAAGCAGAUCGGCAUCGACCCACCCCGUGGCGUGCUGCUCUACGGUCCCCCAGGAACAGGCAAGACCAUGCUCGUCAAGGCCGUCGCCAACUCGACCACAGCAAACUUCAUCCGCGUCGUCGGCUCCGAGUUCGUCCAGAAAUACCUCGGCGAGGGCCCCCGCAUGGUUCGCGACGUCUUCCGCAUGGCCCGCGAGAACUCCCCCGCCAUCAUCUUCAUCGACGAAAUCGACGCCAUCGCCACCAAGCGCUUCGACGCCCAGACCGGCGCCGACCGCGAAGUCCAGCGUAUCCUCCUCGAGCUCCUCAACCAGAUGGACGGCUUCGACCAAACCUCCAACGUCAAGGUCAUCAUGGCCACCAACCGCGCCGACACCCUCGACCCGGCCCUGCUCCGCCCCGGCCGUCUGGACCGCAAGAUCGAGUUCCCCUCCCUCCGCGACCGCCGCGAGCGCCGCCUCAUCUUCUCCACCAUCGCCUCCAAGAUGAGCCUCGCCCCCGAGGUCGACCUCGACUCCCUCAUCGUCCGCAAUGACCCCCUCAGCGGCGCCGUUAUCGCCGCCAUCAUGCAGGAGGCCGGCUUGCGCGCCGUCCGCAAGAACCGAUACCAAAUCAUCCAGAGCGACCUCGAGGAUGCCUACUCGAGCCAGGUCAAGGGUACCUCGGAUGAGAACAAAUUUGAUUUCUACAAGUAAAUUAAAAAGGGUGGGGCCGUCGGCCGGGGCAUUCGUUCGCGGUUUGCGUGUUUUCUCGACGUCUUGCGCGGAAGGAGUGGUUAGACAGGUCCAAGGGCGCGUUCUUUUGGUGUUGACGGUCGAGAAGCCGGGGGUGUAAUCAGAUACUUUGCCCAUUUGGAAGGCAGGGCCCGGCUUGCGGUAGUAGGGAGACUGAAUGGGGCAUACGUGGGUGGUUGAUUCCAUAGAACGCGGGGAUCAGGCCUCAAGGCGUGAACUUCGAUGUUAUUGUACAAUACCACAUUACUUGGUCACUCGAGAUAUUUGGAUCCAAGUCCAGCUUCAAGUUGCACACGACACCAGAAGAACAUAGCAGAAAUGCCUUGCUAUGUGGUGAAACUUGAAAUCAAGAUUUUGGUAUCAGGGAG